UGAAACCCGGCAACGCAGGAGGAAACUGAACAUAGGGAUUUCAGUACAGCUAGCGGUAUCUUCGGAUUGUGUGCUGUACCGGUAAACUUAAGAUAGGAUCAUGGCCUCUAUAUCGUUACACAACUCAUUCUUUCUGCAUUGUGUAAUUUAUUGUACGUUACUUUUUAGUAGCAUAUUAUGCGACAGUGAAGCAGAAGAAGAUGAACAUGCAAAACAUACGUAUACGGUGGACAUGUUCAACAAUGCUAUUCCCACCGCUCCCCAUUUCGUUAUGUUCUUUGCGCCGUGGUGUGGCCACUGCCAAAGGCUGCAGGGCACAUGGAACCAGUUGGCAGACAAAUAUAACAACAUGGAGGCCCCACCCGCGUAUGUCGUUAAGGUCGACUGCACGCAGGACACCAAGUUCUGCUCUGAUCAUGGAGUCAGGGGGUACCCUACUCUCAAGCUGUUCAGGCCUGAGCAGGAGGCUGUGAAGUACCAGGGAUCGAGGGACAUGGAGUCACUGGAGUCGUGGAUGCUGAAGACUCUAAACGAGGAUCCUGACGAGCCUGAGAGCGAACUCGAGCCACCCAAAGCCCCGGAGCCAAAGCAGGGCAUGUAUGAGCUCAGCGCCGCCAACUUCAAGGCCCACAUUGCUAAAGGGCACCACUUUGUGAAGUUCUUUGCCCCAUGGUGUGGUCACUGCAAGGCCAUGGCACCCACCUGGGAGCAGCUAGCCACCACAUUCGAGCACUCGGACAGUGUCAAGAUAGGCAAGGUUGACUGCACGCAGCACUAUGAGAUCUGCUCUGAAAACCAAGUACGCGGGUACCCCACCUUGCUGUUCUUCAAGGAUGGAGAGAAGGUUGACCAGUACAGAGGCAAAAGGGACCUGGACUCUCUGAAGGAGUUUGUGGACAAUCAGGUUAAAGCUGCUGCAGAGGCCGCUGAUGAUGCACAGGCCGACGAAAUUGUGCCACCCAGUGCAGAGCCUGCCAAAGUGGAGUCUAAUGUCGUGGUCCUCAGCGAAAGCAACUUUGAUGAAACGGUGGCUAAAGGCCUCACCUUCAUCAAGUUCUACGCCCCUUGGUGCGGUCACUGCAAGAACCUCGCUCCAACAUGGGAAGACCUCUCCAAGAAGGAGUUUCCUGGCCUCACAGAUGUGAAGAUAGCAAAAGUGGACUGCACUGUGGAGCGUACGCUGUGCAACCGCUUUUCUGUGCGUGGCUACCCCACCCUGCUGAUGUUCCGGGCGGGGCAGCAGGGGGAGGAGCACAACGGAGGGCGGGACCUGGAGAGCCUGCACGGCUUCGUGAUGAGGCAGGCCAGGGACGAGCUGUGACGGCAGCUCCGCCUUCCUCCACCGAGGGUCUCAACGCAUUAGUCGGCCUGCGCACGGCAGGCGUUCCCACCGAUUUACAAUAAGGAAAGAGCUGCAUCAAUGCAAACCCUGUUUCCGUUUUUUUUUUUUUUUUUUUUCUUUUCUGUCAAUGGCCUUGUGGGUAACAAUGGUCAGAUUCAUGAGUCAAAUUCUAGAAAUGUGAGUAUGUAUUUCAUUUCAGUCCUAACAUGCUGUAGGUCAGCCCUGCAGUGAAAUAACAGUGGCUGAAAAUCACCGGUACGUUUCUUUUGAAAGCUGAACCCAGAUGUAUGGAAAUAACCCAAAUUGAUAUGACUCAAGGAUGGUCCUCACUGUGCCUUCCACUUAGAGACUAAUAUUUACAAUACAGCUGUCCAUUUUCCCAGGGUGCACACAAAUUCCUACGACUAGAAACCUUAAAAGAUCUAUGUAUUGUACGACUUUAGUCAAAGAAAAUGGGAUGAGAGAAAUUGUGACAUGCCAUCAAUGUUGCUUUAGUGGAAGUGGACUUUCGUCUAUGUUAUCUAACAUUGAGUGUUAAGUUGAGGGUAUUUUCAUCUGUGUCAGUGAUAGCUGAACUUAACUCUCAGGGAUACACAUUUUGGAGAGUUUGGCCAAUACCAUAUUUUGAUCACUAUUCUUGUCGCGCUGUUGAAGGGUUUCUUUUUUUGUGUAGUGUGUUCACAAUCAUUCUGCUGCCGGUGUAACUCAGAGAUCAGAUGCGCGAGGCUACCUAAAGUUUCCUUACGCACCAUCUGUUGCUGUAAUUCAAACGGCAAUUUGUGUUGUGGUUUUGGAUAGACUGGCAGAUGUAGCCACACUGUGCUCCAGGAGUCUGAAUGUAGUCCUUUUGUUUGCGCGUCAUUGUCAGUAACCUUUUGCUGCAAUGAUGCUCAGAGUCCCGAGUCCUGCUUAUGAAUCACGGAACUUGAAAUCUGACAUUUUUAUCAAGACCAUUUUUUAUACCAGCUAUUGUAAAAUGUAUCUGUAGGUUCAGCUGUCCCCCCCCCC